AUGGGAUUCAAGAAUCUUCGCCUGAAGCUCAAGGUCUUUCGGCUAAGACGAUUCCUUAUAGGUGGUGGUGGGAACAAGAAAAGAGAGGCUGAGAUCAUUCGAAAGAAGCCUUCAUGGAUGCUGCCCAUUUCUCAUGGGUAUUAUGUUGUGGAGGAUAGGUCACUGAAAGGUGAGUCAAGUGAGUUGGACUCGGACUCAGUUGUGGUACAGAGAGAGCAAAUUGAAGAGCAUGAAGUGUGGUUUUUUGGAGUUUUCGAUGCUCGAAUUGGUGACAGAAUUACCAAGUACAUGCAAUCACAUUUAUUGGAUAAGAAGCUUAAAGAGUCUCAAAUGAGGAAGAGGAGCAAAGAAACAAUGAGAAAGGCAUACAUUGGUGCAACAGCAAAAAUCAGGGAAACACAGAAGCCAGAAGAGUUAUGGAAAGUGGGUUCAGCAUCCGCCAUUGUUAUCAAUGGAGAAAAGCUUGUGAUAGCUUCCAUGGGUGACUACCGAGCUGUUGUUUGCAGAGAUGGUGAGGCUCAUCAAAUCACCACAAGUGACCAGCAAAUCACAAAGCGACAUUGGUCACGUAGAUUCAUUCAAGGAACCAAGCCCUCUAAAAGCUCAGAAGUUCUUGUUGGAUCUGACAGAAUUGAUCAAGAUACUGAAUUUCUCAUCUUGGCAAGUACAGGCAUAUGGGAGGUGAUGAAGCAUCAAGAGGCUGUGAACCUGAUCAGGCACAUAGACGACUCACAAGAAGCUGCUGAGUACUUAGCAAAGGAGGCUUUAACUAGAAUGAGCAGAAGCACCAUUUCUUGCUUAGUCAUUCGGUUUGACUGA